AAGUGCUUCCUUUGUGCCAGGUACAAAGAGUCAUCCCAACAACCCCACGAGGGAAGUGAGGCGGCAGGAAAGUAAGCUGCCGGCUUGAGAAUGCAUGGUGGUGCCGGGCAGAGUCUGGCUUUGUCCCUGGCAGCUCUAACCCAGAGCCUGGCAGCACGACUGCUCCACUUCCACUCUAAGGGGACCAAACGAGAAAUACCUGCUGCUUCCCUUCUAGUGGAAUUUCCUCAAGCUUAUCAUUUACUCUAUGCACCAGGUGGCAGAACGGGUGGAAGCCCUGGGGCAGUUUGUCAUGAAGACCAGAAGGACCCUCAAAGGCCAUGGGAACAAAGUUCUCUGCAUGGACUGGUGCAAAGAUAAGAGGAGGAUCGUGAGCUCGUCCCAGGACGGGAAGGUCAUCGUGUGGGACUCCUUCACUACUAACAAGGAACAUGCAGUCACUAUGCCCUGCACAUGGGUAAUGGCAUGUGCAUAUGCUCCAUCGGGAUGUGCCAUUGCCUGUGGUGGCCUGGAUAAUAAGUGUUCUGUGUACCCACUGACCUUUGACAAAAAUGAAAACAUGGCUGCCAAAAAGAAGUCUGUUGCCAUGCACACCAACUACCUGUCAGCCUGCAGCUUCACCAACUCUGACAUGCAGAUCCUGACCGCGAGCGGCGAUGGCACGUGUGCCCUGUGGGACGUGGAGAGCGGGCAGCUGCUGCAGAGCUUCCACGGGCACGGGGCUGAUGUGCUGUGCUUGGACCUGGCUCCCUCCGAAACUGGAAACACCUUCGUGUCUGGGGGAUGUGACAAGAAAGCCAUGGUGUGGGACAUGCGCUCCGGCCAGUGCGUGCAGGCCUUUGAAACACACGAAUCAGACAUCAACAGUGUCCGCUACUACCCGAGUGGAGAUGCCUUUGCUUCAGGAUCAGAUGAUGCUACGUGUCGUCUUUAUGACCUCCGGGCAGACAGGGAGGUCGCCAUCUAUUCCAAAGAGAGUAUCAUAUUUGGAGCAUCCAGCGUGGACUUCUCCCUCAGUGGUCGCUUACUGUUUGCUGGAUACAAUGAUUACACCAUCAACGUCUGGGAUGUUCUUAAGGGGUCUCGAGUCUCCAUCCUGUUUGGCCAUGAAAACCGAGUUAGUACUCUACGUGUUUCCCCUGAUGGGACUGCCUUCUGCUCGGGAUCAUGGGAUCAUACCCUCAGAGUCUGGGCUUAAUCAUCUUCUCACAAUGCACACAUAGAUACCUAGGCAUAGAAUUUGAAAUCAUCACAUUAAUCAUCUUAUUUCUAGAGUAUCUGAGGGCUUUGUUGCAACUCUAAGGGAGCAACUCCAAGACUGAGAGUUGACAGUGUCUCCAGUAUUACCAUUAAGGAUUCCUGUGUGAGCACCAGCACCCGAAGAACACCUGCAAGUGAAGUGUUUUUUCAUUUUGAGCACUUUUUAAAAUGUAUUUAUGUUUAAGGUUAUUGUAAUAAUACUCUGUUCCCAACAGAAUUUAGCAUUUUAUAGAUUGCAUAUUAUUUCCUUGAGUCAAAUUUGGUUUUGGAGCACUUUAAAAUCUGAUUUUUCUUAACGUGCGUGUGACUUUUGGAGCCUUCCUUUAGACGUGCUAAUGUUAAUGGACGAUAUGAGAAGGACUGUGUUAAGCAGUCUGUUAAGAUUCCAAAUCCAAAUGUAAUUAGACCAAAUCACUUUAUAAAAAAAGUUUUUAUUGUAAAAGAAUCUUUUUCAGUCUCAGAUCCUAUCAUCUUUUUUGAGAUCAAACAUUUUCAUCUAUGUGGCCUGUUACGGACAGAGAGGUGCAUAAAAUGGACAGGAUGCCUGAUGUAUGAUUUGUUAUCUAUCACUGUGUCACUUGGGCAGAAAAUUUUCUUUCCUUUGAAGGAAAAGCUGAAUGUUGUUUGUGUGCCAUUGCUUCUCAGAGCGACCAGAAUCUUUCUGUGUAAGAACACGAGACAGUAAACUUACUGGAAAACCUGACUAUAGUAUUAGCUGUAUUAGGAUUAGUCGUAUCCACUCAGGCUAAAGUGGAUCUUGCCCAUGUAAACCACACUCAUAUUUAUUGCACUGCAAGUGUAAUUACAUAUAUAAAUUGACAGGUCUGAGAUGAUAAUGCCUUUGCUUCUCUUAUGUUGAGAAAAAUAUAACAAAAAUAUAUUGUCUUUAUUUGAGAUUCAACGAUUCCUUUUGGAAAAUACAAGUGUGUUUGCUUCAGGGUCCCUUCCCCGCCCCCUUUUUUUUUUAAGGUGUAAGGGCUUAUUCUUUAUGUUAGAAAACUCAUUCAGAAAGAUGGUAUGCAUUGCUUGGGGAAAUAAAAGAUCACCUCAGACCAAAAAUCACUCCUGGGUGAAGCUUGCCCUCUGGUGGCCUGGGGUUCGGGUGGCCAGGCUUGUGGCCCAGGGGCUGUGUGUGCCGAGGCCCCUGGAUCCUCCCUUCUCCGCUCUAGUUCCUGCUCCAACCCAGCCCAUUUUCUGGUGGUAAUUAUGUCUUUGCAGGCCCAGCCCCAGGCUGCUCCUCAGAAAGGCCCUUCCAGAGUUAGAGCCACACACACAGCCCUCAGACUUGCCUGGGCCUGGGGGUUAGUUCCAGCUCAACCCCCACAAUUACUUGUUCGGGCAUUGUAAUGAGCCAAUCAGUCAAAAAUCAGCCAGGCCAACUCUUCCAUCAACUCUUUCAAAUAUUCAGUCAUUUGCCAAGGAAACAUUUACUGAGGUCCUUACACAGCAGGCGUUGGACUAGAGAAAGAAAUAUAAGAGCCCCUGCUUUCCCCUAAAGAUCCCAGACUGAGGGAGGGAGCAUGGUGCAGAGGGACCAUUUUUCCCACACGGCCCCCACUCUCCCAAUGUGUUACAGUCUGGGCAGGGUAUCCAAGAAGUAGGCGGAGCCUACCAGCUACCGAAGAGAUCAGGCCCCAGAGUGUAUCCCAUGGAAUUCCUGACCUCCCAGAAUGUUCCAGAGGUUGUUCCUGGUCUCCUAGUUAUGGCUGUCCCGUUCUCCCACGGGACCUUUUCGUGUCUCUACACUCUGACCUGGGCUUCCCAGAAGUAAAGGAAGACAGGGUAGGGGAAUGUUACGUAGAUUCAGAGAAAGCACAAAGUUCUGUGCUUGCCAAGAAGAGCAUCUUCAGUUUACACGCAAAAUAGCCCAUAACUUUCCAAUCAUAAAAGUGACUUUCAGUGUCCUCAGAAAAUAUUCCAUACAACACUCACUCCCACAGGCUGUAAAUCAUCUCUCCUGUAAGUAUUUAAUUUCACAGCACGUGUUGUUCAGUAGUCAUUGAUGAAAUAUUUGAUUGGGAAACUCAGGGGUGUAAACUCCAGGUAAUAAAUUAUAUUUUGCAUAUUGAACAAAAUGCUGAGUUUUUAAAUCAGUUUUUUCUUUCUUUUUUUUUUAAGAGGACCAAACCAAUUAUGAAGGGGAAAAAAUAGAUAUACCCCCAGGUGUACAGCUCCCUUCCCAGCCCAAGAAGAGGAGGAUUAUGCAGGAAGGGGGCCAGAUAAGGAGGCAUGCAGCAGCAGGUGUUUGUGAGAAAUGUUUGUGAACCUCUUGGCCAGCCUCUAAAAAUGGGUUUCUGCUCCCUUAGAACGUGCAGAAGCAGAGACCCCAUGUCCACUUCUCUCUCCCCACUCCUUGACUUCCUCCACAUUCUUCCCUAGGCUGUAAGUGGCUUAAAAGCAGCACAAGGUUGUAACGGCCUUUGCAUCCUGGGCUCUCAUUGCUUGGCCAGCUGGGUAGAAGGUGUCCCUGCUGACAUGCGGACUCAUCUGUAUGUCAGAGGGGACAAUGGUGCAAAGGAUGCACACCUAAGUUCAGACCCAGCUCUUUUGCAUGAUGGGAUAGAGUAUAAUGUCUAAAUUUCUCCCAGCCUCAAUUUCCUCAUCUAUGAUAUGGUACAGCACUAGAGUAUGUAAGGACUGGAGCCUGGCUAGAGCUAGGCUGGCCUUUAGAGCUGGGAAGUUUCCACUCUGGGCUGAUGAUGGCCAGUUCUGACAUAAUGUUUAUGUCAUUGUAAAAAGUUUAUAGACCCUCUAGUGAGGAGAUAGAAUCAGAACAAUGCUCUGGCUUAUUUAGCUCUAAGCAAAUAGGAACUACUCAAUGUAAGUAUAGUGUGAACAUUUAUGUGAAGACUGUGAUGAAGGACAUGACCAUAUUUAAACCCAAGGUUAUCUAAAGGUAAGCUGGAUGCUUACCUUUGUCAUAAGACAGGAAUCAUGAAGCAGGUCCUUGUUUCCAACCUAUCUGUGCUCUACAAUAACUGGCAGCCUCCCAUUUCUAGGUAGACCCAAGGGAAAUGGAAAAAAGCCACCAAAGUGCCCACCAAUAGAAGGCUGGAUCAAGAAGAUGUGGCAUAGCCACACACUGGAAUACCAUUCAGCCAUAAAGACAGGUGAAAUGUCACCAUUUACAGCAACAUGGAAGUAGCUCAAAGGAAUUAUAUGUAGCAGAGCAAGUCAGAUAAAAAUAUAUACUGGAAAACUUCACAUACAUGAGCAAAAUAAGGAAUCAAAGUUGGGUGAGCUGACAAAGAAAAAUAAUUAUAAAUUAUUUUCAUACACUAGGACUUUGGUACCAAAAAGAAGGUUCUGCCCUUUAGUGGGAGGGCAGGGGAGAAAGGACCAACGGGGAAGGUGAUGGAGGGAAUGGCUUUGCUGAGUGUGCAUGAGGGGCAUUUGGGGAUAGAAGUGGGCAUAUAAUUAUAAUACAUGCUAACAUUUUUACCACUAUGAUAAUCCAGUUAUUCUUCAGAGAAUUUUGUAUAAAUUUGCUCAUUAAGUUCUUACAACAUACCGGAGAGAUAUAUUUAAUUGUAAUGAUCUUUUUAUAGAUUUGGAAACAAGGAAAAAGUUUCAUAAUGUGAAAGGAAAGCAAAUAUGUUUACACAGAAAUUUGCACAUUAACAUUCACAGCAGUCCAAAGUGGAACAACUCAAAUGAUGAUGCAUAAGCAAAUGUGGUCUGUCCAUACAAUGGAAUAUUACAUGGCCCUAAAAAGUAAUGAAAUACUGAUUCAUGCUGCAACACAAAUGAAUGUUGGGAAUGUUAUGUUCAGUGAAAGAAAGCAGAUACAAAGGACCACAUAGUGUAUGAUUCCGUGAUAUGAAUAUUCUAGAAUAGGUAAGUCCAUUGAUACAGAAAGAAAAUUAUGGUUACUUAGUGCUAGGGAGGGGCUGAGUGGGGUAUGACUAGUGGAUAUGGGUUUCCUUUGAGGUAGUGGAAUUUAAUUUGUUGUAGUGGGCAAACAACUCUGAAUAUACUAUAAACCACUGAAGUAUGUAUUUUAAAAGGGUGCAUUUUAUGGCCUGUUAAUUAUGUCAUAAUAAAGCUGAUAAAAAUAUAUAUGGAAAAAGUAGUGGCAAUAAGUCUCUAACUAUGUUGAGUA